AUGGCUUCAGGAAAGUGUCUUUGUGGAAAGGUUGGCAUUGAAUACAGUGGAGAGCCCGCAUUGAAGGUGAGUUCAAAGCAUGCAAAGUAUAGUUAUAUUGAAGCUGAAUUGUACCUACCAAUAGNNGCACUCUGCCACUGCACCGACUGUCAAAAGAUCAGCGGCAGCGCCUACAGCGUCAACAACGUCGUCUCUGGUGACGGUUUCAAAGUGACUGGCAACCCCAAAAGCUUCACCAAGACGGCCGACAGCGGCAAGAAGAUCACCUCCUACUUCUGUGGCGACUGUGGAUCUACUUUGUACCGUGAUGGAGAGAACUUCCCGGGUAUGAAGAUUGUCAAGGCUGGUGUCUUGGAUGGAAACGUCUUGAACGAGAGCAAGCCUAAUGUCGAGUUGUUUGCUCCUACGAGGCCAAAGUGGAUUGCUGCCCUCGGUGGGGCUGAGCAGAAGGAUACCAUGUAA